AUGCAAGUGAUCGACCAUGAGGACUAUGAGCUGUAUGGUGGGAGGCGAGGGUGCAAAGGAGAGCCACAAGUGAAAGAGGAGCUUGCCCAAAAAGUGCAGGAAAUGAAAGUGGCUGCUGCUGCUGCUGCUUCUACUCAGAUGCCGAGGCGGGACAUGGUAGAAGAUCGGGCAAAGUCUUACAAGGAAAGGAUAACUGAACUAGAGUGGGAACUUGAAGAUGCUUGGGUCUGUCAAUCUGGCAAUGUCACUCGAAAUACUAAAGAGAUCAAGGCAAAAGAAGAAGAGGCCUUGGCGAGGGAGGCUGGUGCUUAUGUGAAUGCUCAUGGCGAUCUUCUGGCCGAACUCGUGAAGUGCUAUCCUGAGGAAGACUUCUCCUGGAUGGAGGACCUCAUCCCAAGAGCUAAAGAAGACAAUGAGGAGGAGCCUGAGAGAGAGGGGGGGAAUGACAGAACUGAAAAUGUACCUGAAGAGCAUAUAAAAAAAUUAAUACUUUUCCAGUUCCAAAAUUCCACUAUAAAUUUCUGCUAUGGGAAGGGAAGAAAACAACUGGAGACAGGGAGACAGAGAGUCAUGAAGGAGUGCCAUCAGUUGUUGAGAGGAGGGAAAGGAGAAGGAAAAUACAGACAUGGGUUCUCUUCAGCAGAGAUAGAAACACUUGGCAGCAUAUGUGAAACUGUGUUCCCACCAAUUUGUAUUGAGGAAAAGGAAGCUCAACAAAGCAAGCCUUUGCAGGACUUCUUUAGAGCUUCUGGGUCUCAGAACCAUAUACCUGAUGAGAUUGCAGAGCUUUUAGUGCAGAGGGGGAGGAGGAUAAUAGAACUUGUGAUCAUAGCGAGAUUGGUAUUACUGAUACUUUCAACGAGAAUUGGGACACUUUUGCUUUGUGGGUCUCUUUGUUUAGGUGAAAAAUGGCCUUACAUCAACACUUUCUCAAGCAUGUCCUUGGGUAAGAGAGAAAAAGUUUUGCAGAAGUGGUUCAAGCACAGAUUUUUCACACCCAUCAGACUUAUUCUCAUUUUCCUUAAGGUCGGCUGCCUUUAUGUUUUCUUCUCUCAGGUAGACGAAAAGGGUGAGAACCCAGCAUGGGAAGCCAUCGACUACAAGAUAAAAAAGGAUAAGAAUCCAGUCCAAGUUCCAAAUGAGAGACCUCUUCAGGAAGGAAUAAUAGAAAAUAUGCUUGAAACUGACUCAACCCUGGUCCACAACCUCGCCCAGAAAGGCCUGAAAGUUACAAAAGAUCCUGGACACAACCUCUACAAAAUCAAUUGUGAUGUUGUCAUCGUUGGCUCUGGCUGUGGUGGAGGUGUUGCUGCCGCUACGCUUGCAACUUCCGGCCAAAAGGUGGUUGUUCUUGAGAAAGGGAACUAUUUCACUACCAAUGAUUAUUCUGGUCUGGAAGGCCCUUCUUACGAACAGCUAUAUGAAUCAGGAGGAAUCCUUCCAACUGUUGAUGGGAAAAUGAUGAUAUUGGCAGGAUCAGUAGUUGGAGGAGGUUCUGCCAUUAACUGGUCUGCAUGUAUCAAAACACCAAAGCCUGUACUUAAGGAAUGGACAGAGAAUCAGAAACUUCAGCUUUUUGGAAGCUCUGAAUAUCUUGCUGCCAUGGAUACUGUCUGUAAGAGAAUUGGAGUUACAGAGAACUGUGUAGAGGAGGGAUUUCAAAAUCAAGUACUUAGAAAAGGGUGUCAGAAACUUGGCCUUGAAAUCAAUGCAGUCCCUCGAAAUUCCUCAGAGAAGCAUUACUGUGGAAGCUGUGGUUACGGUUGUCAACAAGGAGACAAGAAGGGGACUGAUUCUACAUGGCUGGUUGAUGCUGUUAAUCAUAGUGCAGUAAUCUUAACAGGAUGCAAGGCAGAGAGAUUCAUUUUGGAAGAUAAUAAGAGUGGAAGUAAAAAGAAAAAGAAAUGCUUGGGAGUGAUGGCAAAAUCAUUGAACAAUAACAUUCCUAUGAGGUUGCAAAUUGAGGCCAAAGUAACAAUCUCAGCAUGUGGAUCUCUUCUUACACCCCCUUUAAUGAUCACUAGUGGAUUGAAGAAUCCAAACAUCGGUCGGAACCUUCGUCUCCACCCAGUUCUAAUGGCCUGGGGUUACUUUCCUGAUUCAAAUUCAGAGUUCAAGGGGAAAUCCUAUGAGGGAGGAAUAGUGACAUCAGUUCACCACGUGGUAUCAGAAGACUCUAAUUUGAGGGCCAUUAUAGAAACUCCUCAACUGGGGCCGGCAUCUUUUGCUUCAAUGACUCCUUGGGAGUGUGGACUUGACAUAAAGAAUAGAAUGGUUAGAUACUCCAGAACUGCUCACUUGAUGACAAUAAUCAGGGAUCGGGGUUCUGGCCAAGUUAAGGUGGAAGGAAGAGUAAGCUAUAACUUAGAUGCAUUGGACAGAGAAAAUCUCAAGGCUGGCCUCCGGCAAUCACUGAGGAUUUUAGUAGCUGCAGGAGCUGUCGAAGUGGGUACGCACCGAAGUGAUGGGCAGAGAAUCAAAUGUGAAGGGAUUAGUGACACGAAGCUUGAAGAAUUUUUAGACACAGUUUCUCCAUGUGGAGGAGCAAUAACACCAGUGCAGGACUGGAUGAUCUAUUCCUCCGCCCAUCAAAUGGGGAGCUGCAGGAUGGGGAUUACUGAAAAUGAAGGCGCAGUUGAUGAGAAUGGAGAGAGUUGGGAAGCAGAAGGCCUAUUUGUCUGUGACGCUAGUGUUCUUCCCAGUGCUGUUGGUGUCAACCCCAUGAUCACUGUCCAGUCCACUGCUUACUGUCUCUCUAAGAGAUUGGCAAAGUCUUUAAGGAGAGAACAGUAUGGCUUUUAGUGAAUCCUACUAAUUUGAUUCUCACAAAUACAUUAGCUGAAAAGAGGCAGAACUCAUAAGCUUGACUUGAGGGGACUGGAAUGCGAUAUUGUGUCAACUUAGAUAACGUUUUCUCUAUUCUAAGCUUCUUAAGAUGCCCAAUUCUGAUGUUGUCUUCAAGAUGCCUGUGCAUUUUACGCCCCGUUCCCCACCCCACCCCACCCCACCCUGCCCUGAAGAAGUCAAAGAAAAUUCUCCAUAUCUAUUGGAGAAGUCAUUAGUGUACUUUGUACUAGUUAUCAAUGCAGAGCAUUUCUUGUUUCA